AUGCCAGAGCUGGGCAUUCAAGAUUUGAGAUCGGGCUUCAGGACCCGAGAUACGAGCCCGGAUUCUGUAAUUUUCACUGGAGAAUCAAACUUCAGCAUCUUCUCCUCUGCUUCUGUUAGUGUGGAAUGCUGCUCUUUCGCCUCUGAUGUACAUGAUCAAAAUUCUCUUGCUUCUGAAGUUUCUCAACAUUUGGCAUGGCAUCAGUUUUCUGAGUCAUCUAGUAGUCCAGAUCCAGAUCCAAACAAAUUAACACUAUUGCUAAAAAAUAAUGAUAACCUCAGCAGAAUGCAAAAGGCUAAAGUUCACAAAUUAGAUAGCAGUGAAGCUGAGACGACUGAGGAUGAAAAUCUAGUCCUAGAUUCUGCAAGAAGUUCAUUCUCUCUAGCACUUAAAGAGUGUCAAGACCGGAGGUCAAGAUCUGAAGCAUUGUUGAAGAAGGCAGACAGAAGAAGGCCUGCUUCUUUCGAUCUGAACAAUUCUGCGAUCAAUGUUGCAAAUUCCUCUUCGCCUCGAUAUGGAUUUGUGAAGAAACCAUCUGUUAUGACUUGCCAGACUGGUACAUUUCCAAGCCCUGGAACGCCUAAUUAUCAACACGUGAGUUUGAUGCAGAAGGGUUGGAGUUCUGAACGUGUUCCAUUGCAUGCAAAUGCAAAGAGGAGACAAGUGAAUACUGUGUUGCCUUACAAUAGUGGAAGGACAUUACCUUCAAAAUGGGAAGAUGCAGAGAGAUGGAUUUUUAGUCCAAUGACUGGAGAUGGUGCUGUGAAACCAUCAGUUCAGCAGCCACAGAGGCGUCCCAAAUCAAAAAGCGGGCCACUUGGGCCUCCUGGUGUUGCUUACUAUCAAUUGUUUUCUUCUGCUGCACCCACGAUUGGAGGAGGGAAUGCUGGGAAAUUAGUUGCAAAUUCUCCAUUCUCGGCUGGCGUAAUGGCUGCAGAUGGUUUAUCAAUUCAAUAUGGAGGCAGUGGAAAUGUCCCCAUAGGUACAGACCCUUGCAUGGAAAGAUCAAUUAGCAUACAUGGAUGCUCUGAAAUGCGGAGGCAAUCACCGUUCCCUAGCCACCAAGGCAAGAAAUAUGAUGGUAUUGGCCAUACUGCAGACAGCAUAUCCUGUGCUGUUUCAAGGAGGGAUAUGGCGACUCAGAUGAGUCCUGAGAGUGAUACCCAGUCUUCAUCUGGGAGAAAGUCAUCAUUCUCUUUAGCAACCCCGUCAAUCCAACCCAUUUUAGAGUUACAGACUGUUCAAUCCUCUAAACCAGAAAUCAGGGACGUGUCAGUUGAUGAACGUGUCAAUGUGACUAGAUGGUCUAAGAAGCACAGGAGUCGAAUUCAGGGAAAGGGCUGCAAAAAUGCAGAUGACUGGAAAAUAAAAGCUGCUGAGAUUCGUUCUUCUAGUUGGGAAGUUUCAGAUUUGUCUAAGAGUAUUUCCAAUAUUAAGCGGGAGGAAGCUAAAAUUACUGCCUGGGAGAACAUGCAGAAAGCAAAAGCUGAGGCUGCAAUAAGGAAGCUAGAGAUGAAAUUGGAAAAGAAGAGGUCAUCAUCCAUGGACAAAAUUGUGAAGAAAUUGAGAUCAGCACAAAAGAAGGCGCAAGAAAUGAGAAGCGCGGCAUUAGCCAACCAGGCCAUUCCAGUUUCAAGAACCUCUAAAAAUUGCGCACAAGAGCACUACACCGUGUUGGGCAACAGUGGCGAUGGUGCUAAGCGGCGCACAUCGCUACUAAGCGUAGCAGCGACGUCGUGCGCAACUGCCUUGGUACCACCAGAUCUCUUCUUCUUCUUCUUGAGUUUGAUUUCUUCAAAAUGGAUGCUAUGGAGUUGUCGUUAUGCUGGUAAAUGA